UUACCAUUUUGCAAGAGUUUGGGACCUUUUGGCUACGUUUAUUAUUGCAGUAAAAUUACAGUCGACCGUCUUCCAUUAAUCCAGUCAAGAGUAGAGUACGUACCUGCAAAACAAAGACAAGAACAUUUCAAUGCCCAAGUCAGUAGGAUUAUAUAUGAAAGGAUAAAAAUAGAAAAUGCUUAAUGGUAAAUGUAUUAGGAUUUGCCACAUUCUUUAUAGGAUUGCUAUAAAUAAAGUAAGCAGGCUUAAUAUUGCAAUUAUCGGAGAUUAGGGACUCGAUAUGAAAGGUGGUCGAUUCUAAGCCUUUCCAGUUCAUCCACUAUCAUUAAUGGUGGCAUCUGGAAGGAUUGAGUAGAAGGGAUGGUAGUGAUGAUAUUGGAGAGUGGAGACACCAACCUUGAUUGGACUACAAAGAAGUAUAUAAUGCAAUAAGAAAACUCUCUAUGUUUUAGUGCAAGCUCCAUUAGGACGAAGUGGGUGAUUGGAGGGAGCACUUUUUUAGCUCGAAUUGUAGUAUAAAAAGCUGUCGUUGGGGGGAAAGGAUUGCUGCAUUGUGAGAUAUAGGAAUAUUGGAGGCUCCAAUGAUGAAUAAGUUAAUCUGCCUUCUGGGAUUGCUGCUGAUUGUCGGCAUUGCUGGGGUUGAAAGGAUUGAUGGGGCAAGCGCAUGUGGAAAAUCUACUCCAGACAAUGAGGCUUUGAAGCUUGCUCCUUGUUCAACGGCGGCACAAGAUGCGAAAGCAGAUGUUCCUGACAGUUGCUGCCUCCAGGUGAAGAGAAUAGGCCAAAACCCAAGUUGUCUAUGUGCUGUCCUGCUUUCUGACACCGCCAAAAGCUCGGGAGUCAAGCCUGAGAUUGCUAUCACCAUCCCCAAGCGCUGCAACAUUCCUAAUCGCCCAGUUGGGUACAAGUGUGGACCUUACACACUGCCUUGAAUUGAUGGAACAUAAGGUGCUGAAGGCCAUGGACUAGGGCAUAAAGAGCUGGUAGUGGUGGCUGUAGUUUCAGCUUGUAUAUUUAGGCAAUAAAAGCCAGCAGAUUGUAUGCCUUCAGGCUCCAUAUAUAAUAUAUUAUAUAUAUGCUUUUAGAAUUAUCUUUAGUUAUCAGUUGUCAAUUCAAAGAAGUUGCAUGCCCUGUUUAUAAAGGAAAAUGGCAGAAAUUCAAAGAAGAAAACAUAGCAGAGACA